CCACUCUCUCAAUCCUCCCUCCUCCCUUCCGCCAUCCUCCCUCUUCUCAUUUGUCCUCUGCCUCUCCGGGCGGCAGCUGCGCGCGUGCUCGCCAGCAUCUCGCCCAUCGGACCCAUCUUCACAUGUCGCUAGCCUCCCCGGGGUGACGCCGAGGGCCGCUCGGGUGAUGCGAAGAGACAGAGGGUCUGGUAAUCUCGAGACUGGAUUUCUCUUUCUUUGGGGUUUUUUUGGCUUUGGAAUUUCGUCUGUGCCGGAAUGUUUCCACUGGAUCACUCGGCAUACGGGAGGGAAAUGUGAUCCAAAGUCGGCUGCGCAAAGGAAGCGGGAUCAUGCGUUGCUUUAGCGGAUUAAUCCGCCCUGUGAUAGCGCUGCGUGACAACACCCCCCCCUCCAUCCCGCUGCCCUUCUCUUCCUCCUCUUCCUCCUCCUGCCGCCGCUUCUGCACUCUGAAUUGUUGCUGUUGUGUGUCAGGACAAACGCCGAAAUCAACUGUCACGAGGGCUUAAAACAAAAGAUAGAAUAUAUAGAGAGAGAAUCAAAGCAGAAGCAAGAAUUCUGGGACAGUCGACAUCCCAAGGGAGACAGAAUUUAGGUGCGGUGGGAUUCUGCCAGGGCAAAAGCUGCUGGAUCAUCCUGCAUCUGGGAAUUUCAUAUUUUCCUGCACUCACACGCUAGGACAUGGUGAGGCGUACGCGUGCAUGCUAAGUAGGAAUUAGGUUUGGGUGUUUUUUUUUUUUUUUUUUUUUGCUGCAGCGCCGCACUCUCAUGCACGGAUACAGAACCUUUCCACCCUUCCUUCUGCUCCUGUGUCGUCGUCUUCUCUCCUUUCUUUCUUUCCACUUCAAGUUGAGAGUCGGUUGGGACUCGAAGGCAGACUAAUCGUCCGAUUGUCUGACUACACCUACUCUCCAUGCAUGUCCCUCUUGUCCUAUUGGCCUUCUCUGUGUGUGGAUUAUUUGUGUAUUCCGUCGUCUCCACCUUGGUCCGGAACGUUUAUGACACAUGCCGAGAACAGGAUUAACCCCUAAUGAGCCAUAAAGAAAGGCCCGGAAGGAUGAGCGAGUGUUCCAGGGCCACCGCAACGGGUGCAGUGAUCCUGGAGGAACCGGAGCCGUCAGGGACCUCGGGUGCCUCUGGGGCCCGUGGCGAGGGCCCGGCGCGAAACCGGGGCCCUUUGGGGUGUGCCCUGUGGCCCCGCCAGCAGACAUGGCUCUGCGUGGUUCCGCUCCUCAUCGGAUUCAUCGGGUUGGGUUUGAGUCUGAUGCUCCUCAAGUGGAUUGUGGUCGGGACUGUGCGGGAUUAUGUACCGACAGACCUGGUCGAUGCCAACCGGAUAGGACAGGACCCCAUCUUCCUCUCAAAGCCCAGCGGGAUUCCCAAAGGGCCCGAGACUACUACCACCACCACCACGGCCACAAACACUCCUAUCGCUGACUACAAGCCUAAAACUGUAACUGUUGGAAGAGGUAGAACUCGAUCCACCGAGACCUCCACGGCUAACCCAAGAACAAGCGGGGCCUCGGGUAGCCUGGCGACCCCUCGCAAUCACGGAAAUCGUAACGGACGCGUUCCGGUGGGUUUCACCACACCGCCUUGGCCCACCCUGAGAACGUCCAGUCCGUCUCCAUCUAAUCCUACCGUGCUACACGACUCCACACAGAUGUGGACUUCGGAACAUACCACCACAGGGGCCACCACCACCACAGCAGCCCACAGGCACGGCCACCACAAAACACCGUCUCCGACCGUGCCGCCGUUGCGCUCGGAGCAUUUCAAGCCGUGUCACGACAAGGACCUGGCCUACUGCCUGAACGGUGGCGAAUGCUUCGUCAUCGAGACCCUCGGCGGACCUCACAAGCACUGCAAGUGUCGAGAAGGCUACCAAGGCAUCCGCUGUGAUCAGUUCCUGCCCAAGACCGACUCCAUCCUGUCCGAUCCAAUGGACCACCUGGGCAUCGAGUUCAUGGAGAGCAGAGAAGUGUACCAGAGACAGCUGCUGUCCAUCACGUCCAUCGCUAUGGCAAUUGGCCUCCUGGGAGUGCUCUGUGUCGCCCUCUACUGCCGAAACAAGCAUCGGCGAGAGAAACUUCAAGCUCACCUGAAGGAAAAUCGAAGUGUGAAAAACUACACUACAAACGUCAUCAACGUGUUAGACUCCAAGACCAGGAAUGGCAAAGCCGACAUCAGAAUGCACCAGCAGUAUUGUAAACGUCAUUCUGCAUGUCGCCACAGUAACAUGUGUGACUCCGGCUUCACGCUGUCCAGAAGCACUCUGAAGCUCACCACGGAGCAGAAGAGUCUAGUGGCUCAUUGGUCCGCCACUCGCAGAACUCCGCCCAUUCCAGGAGGACGUCCCAAGGCUUUUGGUCCGGCGUAUCAGCACCUCCAAGAGGCGGAGCCUACUGAGAAGGAGCGCCAGGCUGAAGCGCCAGGCAGUUGCCCGCUAAAUAUGCAAUCUGCCGUCACUGCGCGCUCGCCUCCCGACGGCAUGCCGCGAAGCCCGACCCACCGCUCGGACCGUGUCCCCAUCGAGCCGUCCCUCCAGGGUCGCCACGAUGAUGAGGUUUUCUGUAUGCAAACCACGAUGUCAUCAAACGGCACCGCACCCCGCCGAGAAGACACCGGCCAGCGAUCCCCGGCGCCGUGUCAGCGGCGGCGACAAGGCGAAGAGCAGCAGGUGGCGUGGCUGCUGCUGCACAAAGCGCAGGAGCAUCUCCGGGCCUCAGCGCGGAGGCGGCACGAGGAAGGCUGCGGCGUCCCAUGUGGCGGCCCGCUGGUGGCGCAGGCCAGACAAACUGUUUGUUUCCUCAACCUUGGCGUGGGCGGAGCCGAUGGCCACGGUGUUGACGACUUGUCAGCCAAGAACCACAGUGUGAGUGCGCGUGUGUGCGUGCGUGUGUUCUCACGCGCUCCCCGUUGUUUUUUCAAAAGUUGCCAAUGGUCACUACGGCGUGCACAGGAACCAAAAAAGAGUAUAGGACACAAGGAGGGAAGGACACAAGGAGAGAAGGAAGCGCUCAUCUGAUUGAUUCUCAUCUGAUUUGACGAGUGGCGCCACCGCGCGGGCUGGCUGUUGAAAAAAGAAAUAAAUGUCUCUAUGUUGUAUCCUCA